AUGGUCUUCAAAAAUAACCAAAUUUCCGUUAUUCAUCGUUAUAAAGUGUUAUUUAGCAUUUUACUCUUACACCUUGCAUUUUUCUCUUGCUUUCUGUAUUACUUCCCAUACAAAUGCGAUGUUAAUAUCAAAUCGUCAUCACUCGCGGUGGACGAUGCCCAUAUUAAAACUCCUCUGGGUGUUGAUCCAAACGUAACAGUUUUUCUUGGAAUUCUAACCGUUUACGAAAAGACUGAGAUAAGGAAUUACUUACGCGAUAUGUAUAAGCAUAGUAACGCUGCACUAGCACGAUACCUUGGAGUUCAGGAAUCCCCUAUAACGGUUAAGUUUAUUCUAGGGAUUCCAAAGGACAAACGCGUAGAUGGGAUAAAUGAGGAAUCGAAAAAAUACGGAGAUAUCGUUUUAUUGAAUAUCACGGAAAAUAUGGAAGAAGGGAAGACUAUAACGUUUUUCGAUUGGUUCGCUGAGAACGCAAGUAUUCUUCGAAAGGACGAUUAUAUGUUGAAAGCAGACGAUGAUAGUUUUAUCCACCUUAUUCAUUACUAUCGCGACAUUCAAGAUUUGCCGAGAAAACUUACAUAUUAUGGCUUAUCACUAAAUUAUUCUAAUACCGAUGAAUUAGGAGCAAAAGUCUACAUGUGGGGUAUGGGAUACACGAUUUCCCGCGACCUCGUCGAGGACAUCGUUAAAUUUGAUUGGGUUCGUUCAAAUGUGAUAGGCAGUGAAGAUUAUAAUGUAGGCCGUUGGAUGUGCAAGUUGUCCAGAGAAAAAAAAUAUUUAUUACACUAUGUUGGUUACCCUCAUAGCCACGGGCUGGUUCGAAAUUUUCCCGAAAACCCUUUCCACGAUUUAUAUUUUGAUCGUGGUAUAAAUGCGCAUCGCUUCGUCGACGAGGCUAUACUAAUCCAUCGGUUAGAGAAACUUGAUGACAUGAAAACAAUUGUGGACUUGUAUCUUUAUAAUGACGGUUUUCCAAAGAUUAAGACCAUUCGGAAUUCGACAACUCCAGGUUUACUUACAAAAAAAGAGAUUUUUCAAGGAUGUUGGGUCAUGGAUCAAAAAAAACAAACCUGGGAUCAAGCGCGUCAUUGGACUUCAUCACUAGAUAUCUACAAGAACUGGUUUUAUGAAGCUUGGGGUUUCAAGGAAGGACAAUGGUAUGGUUAUUUUGGGCCCAAGG